UUAAAAAAAAAAAAAAAAAAAAAACAGAAACUUUAAUUAAUGGAGUAUAAGGUAUUCUUUUAACUUCGCAACCAGUGGUAGCAGUAGAAAAGAAACAUGGCUUCUCGUCACUUCAACCUCUUCUUUAUGCUACUUGUCUUACCGGUUUUAUUUCUUUCCCAGGUUCGUUCUACAAACGAGAAUGAUUACCAGAGGAUCAAACCCUCGUCAUCGCCUUUCGAUUCAGCUCUCGAAUCGCUACAGAAGCAAAUCAACUAUACUUUCUUGGACGUUGGCCUUCUUCGCCGUGCAAUGACGCAUCCCUCGUUCUCCCAGGAGAACAAUAAGGUAUUGAGCAUUUUGGGUUUCAAUGUCAUUGAGACCUUUGUCUCUCUGCUUUUUAUCGGUGAGGACAUUGAUAUCUCCUCCAAAGUAUUGAACCGCCGUCUAUCGGAGAUAUCCAAAGUGGAAACUUCUUGUGCUGUUGAUGGAAUGCGGUUGGGGUUGCAUGAGGUAGUUAGAGUUUCUUCCAAGACUAAUUCAACUGCCCCUUUAGUGGUUUGCGGUGCUUUCAGGGCAAUAUUUGGUGCUAUUGCUAUUGAUACUGGCAAGUCCGAUGAUGCUGGAAGUGUUUUCUGGGGUAUUCGUGCUGGUGAGGCCGGAAAAGCUCUUGCCUUGUAAGCUGACCUUCCUCUUGUCUCCUGUCUAGAGAGAAAUGCACAAUAUUAUUUUAUAUCCUUCUAGAGCGACUUAACUAUUUUGAAACUUCGUUUUACUGAAUUGUGUGACUCUAUGGAGCAGUUGUGUGUUUGGUUGUAUCAGAAGUAAGUUUACUGCCCUUUCAUGUUGUUUGUGUUCUCACUUUCUCACUUAUGUUGUGUGUUUCUGUUAAGAUGGUUGGGAUCUGUUUCAUUGAUGCAAUUUUAGGAAAGAAGCAGAAUAAAUUGUCUUGUGUUAAA